GGAGUGGAGGCGGGAGUGAAGUCUCGCGAGAAGAGGGUGGUUGCCGUAGCGGAGUCCUCUGGCUGUGUGCGUGUGUGUCUGUGUCUGAGGAGCCGCCGCCGGAGUCGCGGACGGUUUGCCGAGCCCGUUACUGCCCCUGGCCGAGACUCGCGCCGCCGUCAUGUCCCGCUACCUGCGCCCCCCCAACACGUCUCUGUUCGUCAGGAACGUGGCCGACGACACCAGGUCUGAAGAUUUACGGCGUGAAUUUGGUCGUUAUGGUCCUAUAGUCGAUGUGUAUGUUCCACUUGAUUUCUACACUCGACGCCCAAGAGGAUUUGCUUAUGUUCAAUUUGAGGAUGUUCGUGAUGCUGAAGAUGCUUUACAUAAUUUGGACAGAAAAUGGAUUUGUGGACGUCAAAUCGAAAUACAGUUUGCACAGGGGGAUCGAAAGACUCCAAAUCAAAUGAAAGCCAAGGAAGGGAGGAAUGUGUACAGUUCUUCACGCUAUGAUGAUUAUGAUAGAUACAGACGUUCUAGAAGCCGAAGUUACGAAAGGAGGAGAUCAAGAAGUCGGUCUUUUGAUUACAACUAUAGAAGAUCUUAUAGCCCUCGAAACAGUAGACCGACUGGAAGACCACGGCGUAGCAGAAGCCAUUCCGACAAUGAUAGAUUCAAACACCGAAAUCGAUCUUUUUCAAGAUCUAAAUCCAAUUCAAGAUCACGGUCCAAGUCCCAGCCCAAGAAAGAAAUGAAGGCUAAAUCACGUUCUAGACCAAACUGCAGCUGGAAUACCCAGUACAGUUCUGCUUACUACACUUCAAGAAAGAUCUGAAAGCGGAAAAAGAACCAAAGAAGGGCAGUUCAAGCGACCAAAGGGUGGGUGGAAGGUGCUGCAGUAUGAAUACUGUACGAAUAUUUUGACUCUGGUCUGAAAAGAUAAAAGAAUUAUCGAAAACUACAUGGAAUAAUUGAAGUCCCUUCGAGUUUGAAAGUAAGCAUUUUAGGACAAAUAAAAGGAAAUUCAACUUUGUACUUGUGGAAACUAAUCCCUAAAUAUGAACAGGUUUAUAUUGAUUCAUGGGUAACAGGUCCAUAAUAAACUAUUGGAAACUAGGAUGUCUGAAUAUCAAGGAAGACAGCCAUAGUCUCUUACAGUGCCUCUAUUGGUCUGUCUCAAACUGAAUUGGGUGGGAAAAGGUAUGGUCCAAUAUAAACUUUUUCUUGGUUAUCUCUUAAAAGUCAGUUCCAUUUACGCCAUUAUUGGCACGUCUUGCCUUUGUUUAUUCUGGUGCCAGUGUUUUCUGCUUGUUUGCUUUGUUGCCAUCUGAGUUUAUUUACUUGUAUACCACAUGCAGUUUACAUCUUUAACCACUCUCUUUCCCAGGUAAAUUCCAAUUAUACUUGACAUCCAGCUGAGAGGGCCCAUCUCUUCUCACCUCUUUUGUAGUAUGUUCAGCAAAUAUUUAUUGAGCCCCUAUCAUGGGCACAGCAUUGUACUGGAUAAUUGGGGAGAAGAAUAGAUAAUUCCUUUAUUCAAUAAAUGUCUACUGAGCACAAUCUAGUGAAUUGUUAUAAUAUGGCCUCAUUGCUUUGAGGUGUAUUGUAACAAUAUUUUACACCAUUCAUAUCCCAGUGUAAUUAUAAAACUCAAUAUACUAUCAAAGAUAAGUAAUUUUUUGGUUUCCUGCCUUUUACAAGUAUUUGUUUGCAUCCCAUUAAUACAAAUAAUGAAAAAUGUUUUAAUUUGUAAUAAACUGAUUUAUUGUGCAGUGACUGUA